UCUACGGUCAGAUUCAGCUGAAGCUACGAAGAGUCGGCUUGUGAAAAUGGACGAGCAGGAGGACGUCGCAGCUGUUGCUGCCGCUGUGCAGCCCACUUCUCCUCCACCACCCAUCGGGCGACCAUCUCCAGGUCCCGGGAAUCUAUCGGCGGCGAUUACCACACGGCCGGUCGGGCUUGUGGUGCUGACUGGAUUAGACGUGACGUAUAAUGCCAUUCACAGAGCAAUUUGGGAUUCAUUCAGCGCCAACCGUAGACCAGAUAGAGUACCACUUAAUUUUAAAACACUACCAGCUGACCACGAAUACCCAAAGUGCCGAUCAAAGCAAAGGACAUCCUACGAAUGGUACAUCCCUAAAGGAAUCCUGAAGACAAGCUGGAUGAAGAAACAUCAAGAAGAUAUCCCAGGAUUGGUCGUUGUCUUCUAUGAUCUAGAUUGGGAUGAACAACAGUGGAAAGAAAAACAAAUGGAAUGUGCUACCAGGGUAGAAGUUGUCAGGACAAGUCUUCAUGGAAGAGGAUCUAAAGUAGCUGUUGUAUUGAUUCAGAAGAAUGCUCCUCUCCCUCCAGGAGAAGAUGUAGUGGCAGCAGAGAGAGCAGCCGCUCUGUGUGCAGCAUGUGAACUAUCAGCCAAGUCUCUGUUUGUCCUACCAUGUGUGGAUCAUCUCCUGGGUUAUACUAUCAGACUAGAGAAUGCUUUCUACGAGCUCACACAGGCAUACUACCACGGUGAAGCCAGGAGAGUCAAAGCGCACAAAGAAUUCCUCAACAAAACAACUCAUCAGCUGCUUUUUGUAAGACAUGCUUUCAAGGUUGGAUUCUUCAAUGAACUCAAACAGGACACACACAAUGCUCUCAAACAAUAUAAAGCAUCGUAUGUCCACCUGACUGAGAUCAGAGCACACGACACUAACAUGCUAGAGAUCAAGUCUAUCGCCGGAUUCCUCAACUAUAAGAUUUGUAGACUAUGCUUCUUUCAUAACUCGCCCCUGGAUGCCAUCAGUCAGUUUCGUAAACAUGUGGAUCUCUUCAAGAACAAGAUUGGCUGUGCAGAACUAGCUUUUGAACAUUCAGCUUGGAUGUCAAAACAAUUCAGUAUCUUUGGUGAUCUAUUUGAUGAUGCUAUAAAGCUUGGACUGACGGCUAUCAUGACCCAGCAUCCUGGAUUCUACUAUCAACAAGCCGCUAAUCAUGCCAUUGCUAGGAAGCAGCUCUGCAGAGGACUCUGUCUUGCUGCCACUAGCAUGCCCUCGCCUGAUCCUCUAGAAGGUAUGCAUCAUCUCGAGUUCUGGGGUCAACGACCUUGGAGACAAGGUCAUCAGAGCAUUGACCCGCCUGACCCUCAGAAGGAGAAAGAAGGAAUCUUAGCUCUCCAGUAUCUAGAAUCUACAGUCGAUCAUUCAUGGAUUAUCAUUCCUCUUCUUAGCAGUGCUGUAGCUCAGUUCAAGAAGUACAAGUCAGCGAGAAUGAAGAGAUACCUCAUGGUGCAGAUGGGUGAAGAAUACUACCACGCUAAGGACUAUAGCAAGGCUCUUACGCUUCUUGGACGAGUGACAUGGGACUACAGACUAGAAAGAUGGUGGCAGCUACUCACAUCAAUACUAGUGACAUCUCUCAGGUGUGCAUACCUUGUAGCCAGCGUGGAGGAGUAUGUCACAAUCAGUCUGGAGCUACUUGGCAGAUAUUCCCAGAGCCCGCCGGAUGAGAAGACUAGAGUACAGAUGAACCUUGUUAGGGUUCUCUCAAACAAUCCCCCUGAGCCUGAGCACGGGUGUGCCACUGAUGCUGUAGAAAAAGCAAAGCUACUCUGGAAGAACAAGACUGGUAACCCUUCUCAAGAUGAAAGCUCCCGAGUCUUCCCUAUUGAGAUGCGUAAUCUGGUACCGUUUGUAGAAUGCAAGGCUAAGUUCACCAGUACACGAUUCACUGCCGACUCACUUGUCAAGAUUGAGGUCUAUUUACGUUCAUCUUGCCAGUUUCCUGUUCGUUUCUCACGCUUGUCUGUUAAUCUGAGUAACCAGGAAUACAACAGCCACUGUGUGAUUGUAGAUGGACAACCCUUACAACUAUCAGGUGAUACAGGUCAUGUGACUACACCUAAUAAUACUAGCCAGUCAGGUGAUCUCUUCCUCAAGCCAUGGGAGGUGGCCCUCUACAGCUUUCAGUUUGUUCCCUUGCCUGAUGACAUAGGCAAGAAACUAGAGAUUGCAUCAGUAAGCCUAGCAUUUGGUGAUGAGAAUGCUCGGUGUGCAUUGCUGGUCUGGGCUGCUGGAGGAUAUGAUGCUGCUUCACUUACUAGUCCACUAGAAAGCAUUCCACAGAAGAGAGGACCAACUAAACAUGGAGAGAUAGACUGGAAUGCUAUAAGAGUAGAACCUCAUACAAGCAUCAUGUGCCGUCCCUCAAGACUGAUGAUUAAACUUGAUCAACAACCUCCCUGUUUGGAGAAUGAGAUCUACCAUGUGCGCAUUGUAAUCAGUAAUGAAGAGGAUGUCUCCAUUUCAGAUGCAAGUUUGACUAUGGGUCUGUCUGAAGGGCAGGAGAUAGGCAUAGAGGAGAGCACUGAAGUAAGCCACGAUGCUGAGCUUCUCCUGGAUGGGAAGCAACCAUCUCGACUGAAAGGAAUCACUCUUGGUGUCAUGGAAGCCAAGUCUAAAAUUGAACGAGACCUAUACAUCCGUUGUACCAAGCUAGAUGUUCGAAGUAUCAGUGUCAGAGUCUCGUACAAGGUGGAGGUCAAUGCAGGGUCAUCGGAGGGGUCAAAUGUCACAUGUACCUGUUACCAAGACCAGGCAUUUAGACUAGAGACUGUGACUCCGUUUGAUGUGACAAUCAGGAUGGCUUCUCUCAAGUUUGAAGCAGUAGACCAAGUUCACCCAGACCAUCCCUUCCUUCUUAUGACUGACAUCAAGUGUUUAUCACCAUGGCCAAUCACUAUCAUAGACAGUACUCUUAUACUGAAUGAUCAUGUACGAGCUACAGAUGAAAAACAAGAAUCCCAAGUAGCGAAAGUUACAUUGAAGACGUCAGAGAAUGCCACAGAGUGUAUUUGUAUGGAAUCACAACCGGAGACUGCCCAUGGUCUCAUCUCUCUGGGCAGCUAUGCCAUAGAAUGGAAAAGAGCUGAUCUAAAGCUACCAGCUGUAAAGACUGUACUACCGCUCCCUGAGGUGACACUACAACAGCUACCCAUCUACAUCACCUCAGAUCUACCACCGUUUGGGCUAGUCAGGGCUCCUCUCCUAGCCCAGUACCAGGUCUCUAAUAAGACUUCUAUUGUUCAGUCAGUAGAAGCCUGUAUGGAACCUAGUGAUGCGUUCAUGUUCUCAGGCCACAAACAGAUUUUCUUCCGUAUCUUGCCAUCUGGCCAGCAGACAUUGACCUAUAACCUUUACCCUCUGGUACCUGGCUACGUCAAACUACCAAAGUUGAAGCUCAAGGUUCCAUAUGCACCACAAUUCAGAGAGGACUUUGUUUCAAAGAUACUACCAACACACAUCUUUAUCAAGCCUCAAGGCAAAGAUCUAGCAGUUGCAAGUUAGAAGAGUCUUCAUCGUCAUCAUCAUCAUCAAACACCACAAGCCAAGGAAUGUAAUGAGCAAGUUAGUAGAGUCUUCAUCGUCAUCAUCAUCAAACACCACAAGCCAAGGAAUGUAAUGAGCAAGUUAGUAGAGUCUUCAUCGUCAUCAUCAUCAAACACCACAAGCCAAGGAAUGUAAUGAGCAAGUUAGUAGAGUCUUCAUCGUCAUCAUCAUCAAACACCACAAGCCAAGGAAUGUAAUGAGCAAGUUAGUAGAGUCUUCAUCGUCAUCAUCAUCAAACACCACAAGCCAAGGAAUGUAAUGAGCAAGUUAGAAGAGUCUUCAUCGUCAUCAUCAUCAAACACCACAAGCCAAGGAAUGUAAUGAGCAAGUUAGUAGAGUCUUCAUCGUCAUCAUCAUCAAACACCACAAGCCAAGGAAUGUAAUGAGCAAGUUAGUAGAGUCUUCAUCGUCAUCAUCAUCAAACACCACAAGCCAAGGAAUGUAAUGAGCAAGUUAGAAGAGUCUUCAUCGUCAUCAUCAUCAAACACCACAAGCCAAGGAAUGUAAUGAGCAAGUUAGUAGAGUCUUCAUCAUCAUCAUCAAACACCACAAGCCAAGGAAUGUAAUGACACCUCGGAAGUGGACAUUGUAUGCUGACUGAAGGGACAUUAAAUAGGGACUUUUACAUUUACGUGGACUGAUACGUGUGACGUCCAUCAUCAUCAUCGUCCAUCAUCAUCAUCAAACACCACAAGCCAUGGAAUGCAAUGACACCUUGGAAGUGGACAUUGUAUGCUGACCGAAGGGACAUUAAAUAGGGACUUUUAGAUUUGCGUGGACUGAUACGUGUGACGUCCAUUCAAGGCAGUGCAUUAAAAGGACGUCGAUCGUAGCAAUCCACGUUGUUGUUCGGCAAAUCUAAAAGUCCCUAUUGAAUACUGGUGAUAAGAACGUAUUCUCUUACGUUCCUUGGAUACUGUUAUCAAGAACCCAUUCAAUCCCCUGGGUUGAGAGACACAGUUUGAAUGCAUUGUGAACCUGGCAUUAGCCUGGACUUGAUAGUAGCUCUUAUGAAAUAUUGUUUCAAAUUGAUUUUAACCAUAAUUGCUUU